AAUGCCAACAUUCAAUCAAUGAGGCUCUGAUCGCACUUCUCAAUCAAACACUUGUGCUUCGCUUCACCUUAAUUUUUCAAUUUAAUAGCCUGAUUGUUGCGAUGGAUGAUCGAUUGAUGAAGCCAAUUAGGGCGCCGCUGCUGCUCAAGGACCAUCUGCUCGAAGACAUGAGCUCAUGCUCAUCCAACGGCUUCAAAUCGUUCCCUCGCCGCCAAUGCUGCACCGCCGUCGGAUUCCGUCGCCGCCAGACUAGACCUCGCGCCAAACCGCCGGCGAAUCCGGCGCUCUCGGCUCUCCAGAGAGCGAUCAGCGCCGUGAAACGCCUCCAGUUCGGCGCCGCGGAGAAGAUGAAGAAGAGGAGCGAUCUCAGCCUCGGCAGCUCGUUUUUUCUGUUCUGGAGGAGGAGGCCGGAGAGGAAGGAGAUCGGAUCGUGGAAAUCGUUUGAGCAGCUGAUGAAGGAGGACGAAUGGCGGCCGCCGGCGGAUCGUAAAAGUUUCACUGCGUCGGAAGGCGGGAAUUCCUCCUCUUCAGAUUUGCCGCCACAGCUCAAAAACGACGUCGUUAUGACGCCUGAGGCCGAUUCAACUACGUGCAGUGGCGGAAGCUCAGAUAACAACUCUUCUACCCAAACAAAGAAGCAAUGGACAAGUGAUCAAGAGAAGGAGCAGUUCAGUCCUGUGUCUGUGCUGGACUGUCCAUUUGAUGAGGAAGAUGAAGUUUCUUCGCCUUUCCAACAUCGGCUUGCUCUUAUGGAAGGAACAAGGAAGAAACUCCUGAAGAAGAUUCAAAGGUUCGAGUGUCUAGCGAAGCUCGAGCCCUUAAACCUAACUAGACGAUUUGAAUCACAACUAGAAUCCGAUACUGAAUCAUCCACCUUCCUAGACGAAGAAGAAGUAGAAGAAGAAAGUGAUGAUGAAAAAGAAGACGACGAGGCACUCGAAUUGCUUGAUCAAGUGAAGACCAUCAUGCCAUCUUAUGGCCUGAAAUUCGAGGCAGAUAAGUUGAUGUUAGAUUUCUUCAGAGAAAGGAUGUCCAAUGAUCAACGAGGCGAAUCCUUGUCUGAUCAUAACGCGUUAGUAGAGAUUUCCCGAGGGUGGAUGGACGGGCAUGACCCCCUCGGGUUGUUCAUGGAAUGGGAGGUGGAGAAGAAUAGGAAAGCUUAUGUUGAAGACAUGGAGCAUGGUGGAGAAUGGAAGAGAUUGGAUCAAGAAUAUAAGGAGGUGGUUUUGGAGUUGGGAAUUGAGGUGUGUGAUGCCCUAUUGAAUGAGGUGUUGCUAGAGAUCAUGAAUUAGGAAAAGAAACCAAGGUAGAAAUUAAAUAAAUAUAAGUUAUGAUGAGUUUGAUAGUUUGUGUUUACUAUAUUUUCUCUAUUUUAUUUUAUUUUCAUUAGGCCAUGGCUAUAGUGUGACCAGCUUUUCAACCCCUUGUUGAGAAUAAUUUUAGUAGCUAGUAGUACUUGUUUAUUUCAAUAUUAAUUUAGCCUUUUUCGAUUUUAA